UGGUGGUCUCAGAAGAAAGAACGAGGACUCAACAAGGUCCUGAUCUGGGAAUCAAACCCAUGCAGACAGACCUCUACACCUGCAUAGAGUUCCACUGAAGAAUCACCACCAAGCUGGAACAAACAAGUAAAAACAUUGACUCAAGUGCCCACAUGAUCACCACCGCCAGGGUACCUGCUGAUAAGCAAGUACGAAUUGCCUUCAGCCUGAAUGACUCCCCAGAUGAUGCUUCCUCUGAAAACUUCCCUUUGGCAUUUCCAGAACUAGAUCAGCAGCUGCAGCCUUUGCCUCCUUGUCAUGACUCUAAGGAAUCUAUGCAAGUGUACAAACAGCACUGCAAAAUAGCAGAAGAGUAUCAUGAGGUCAAGAAAGAAAUUGCUCUGCUGGAAGAAAGAAAAAAGGAGCUGAUUGCCAGGCUGGAACAAGUGGAAAAGGAAAGCAUGGAUGCUGCUCAGCUGGCUAAGGAAUACGCAGAACUGACAGAGGAGAACCGAACACUGAAGCUGGCCCAGACACAGUGUGUAGAGCAACUGGAAAAGCUCAGAAUACAGUACCAAAAAAGACAGGGGUCUUCAUAACUCUCAGCUAGCUUAUGUAAGGCAGUUAACACAGGUCCUGGGCUGAAAAGAGAUUUUAAAAUAAAGGUCUGUUUAAUAUGUUAUAAUACUUGACUACAGAUACAGAGUAUGUAGAAGUCUAUAUUUGAUUUAAUGCUUGCCAGCCAGUAGCUUAAUAUAAUGGAUAUUUCAUCCAUUAUAUAAUGGAUAUUUUAUUUCAAGCAACAUAAUUGAAGUUAAUCUAUCCCCAUUAUAUGUUCUGGUAGAUCAGGUUUCUUUUCUAAACAUAUUUCUUCCAAUUUAAGAAGAUAUGGACACACUAGAAAAUGAUAUAAAUAGUCUCUGUGUUGGGAAUUUGGACCAUACUAAGGCAUACAGCAGGGACAAUGUUAAUAUAUGGAAUACAUGUAUGUUAAUUAUAGUUUGGUGAAGAUUUUUUUAAAUUAUUUUCCUCAUGCCUAAAGUGGUUGGAAGUUAUCUUAAAGCAGAUCUCCUCAUUGGUAAAAACUACACUUAAUUGUCCCAUGUCAACUUUAAAUUUUUGUAUAAAAUGUGAGAAAUUGCACAUUAAAAAUCAAAGUAGUAUAUUUAUUUCUUAUCAAACAAAUGUGCUGCCAGUAAUACUUUGCAAGUAAUGAAAUUAAAAGGAAACAGAUGAGAUCAAAGUUGCCUUCUUCAAGCAUAAAGACAACUUGAGAGUCUUUUUAUUGUAUCUUCUGGCAAGAAAUUAAAAGUUAAUUUCUGAAUACUACUAUCAUAGCUUUAACUGAGAAUAUGUCAGAAAAAGUACUGUGAGGAUAUUUUGUUCUUAUUUUCCAAUCUGUUUUGAAACAUAAGUGGCUGUAAGUAGGGACAGGAGUUCCAUGAUACGCAAAUAACCGAGAAGUAAAAUGUUAGUUUUACUUGCUCUAUUUAUCCCUGUAUUUUCCUAGAUCAACCAAAAAUUCUUUGUUAUACUUCCAUUUCUAUUCAUACAGUAUUUUUUUCAUUAAAAGUGGAUAUAGAAAAGCCAUUUCGUUUUCCGAAUGUCCAUAAAUCGCCCUGUAUUUUUAACUCUGCCUGACAGAGGCAGCUAGAUACAUCUUCAUGAGGCUGGAAUUAAACUUGAUGCAUCAUUAGUAUUGAAAUGUGUCUUAAUAAUUGAAAACUAUGAACUGGAGAUUUCCAACAGAACUUUAGCUUUGAUUAAGGUCACUAAUCUAUUAUAAAAAUGGGAUUUUAUGUUAAUUGGAACAAUUCCUGGGGAAGUCUUCUGGCACUACAUUGUUGCCCAGCAACUUCAGCAGCAAAAGGAACAGAAAAAUACAAGCUGACUGUUAUUGCUCCAUCCUACCUACAGUAUUCCCUGCAGCAUAGGGGUGAAAAUAGGCUCUACAUUGUGACAGACACCUGAUGUUGCAGCAGGAGGAUAUGAGGAGGUAGCAGGAGAGGUCUGCCUUGUCCCCACUUCUCCUGAACCAUCAGUGCAAGGGCAGCAUACUCACCCAGCACUGCCUUACUCUGACCAGUGCAAAGGGAAAUCACUGCUCUGAGGCUCGUGCUUUCUGCUGAGUUGCUCCAUGGGCAAUAUGACACUGUAUUUAUUCUUCUUUCAUUGUUAUCUGAGGGUCUGGUUUUCACAGUAUCUUAUGAAAAUGGAAGAGAAAAAAUCAAUAAUGCUUAAAAACCACUUGGAAUGUCAAGCUUCAUAAUACUGAACAAGCUCUGUCUGAGUUUUGCACUUAUGGGAAACAUACCCUGUAUAGACUUCAAGGCUUUGAGCACAGGACACUGCAGAAUCUAGGAUGUAUUAUUUUUGUCUCCAUUAAAGUGUUUUGAAUAAGAA